AUGAUGACGGGUCCAAUAGCGGUCGCCGGUUUCCUGCUGCUCUACCUUGUCAAGCAAACAACUUCGGAUACUCCCUUCUCGGAAUACGUUGAGGAACAAACAGCGACCCCUUUGAAGGAGAAGAGCAAAGUUCCAGUGCCUCACGCUGUCAGAAAGGAGAAUAAGGAGGAUGUGCACUUUGAAACAAUACUCCAAUUGAGCAAGGAAAGCAAACCAAACGGUGAUGGUCCUAUCCUGAAAGAAGAAACCAUGAUCAAGGCGGAACCAAUUGAGCAUUUUGAAGGAACCGAGAACUCCGAAACAACCAUGGUACUCCAAUUGAGCAAGGAAAGCAAACCAAACAGUGAUGGUCCUAUCCUGAAAGAAGAAACCAUGAUCAAGGCGGAACCAAUUGAGCAUUUUGAAGAAACCGAGAGCUCCGAAACAACCAUGGUGUGCAACAUCUGCGAGCAAGUCGAUGUACCCAUCUCCCAGUGCGUCAUCACAAAAUCUGCGGACACGUUCAACGCAACACCUGCAUUCGAAAAACAUUUCAACUCUCUUCCAAAAGCAGAGCAUUGCUCCUCGAAAAGCAGUUGGAUUGGACAAUUCGCAAUCCCUGCAGUGUCUCCUCUCAUUUAA